AUGUCAUUUACACGUAUGCCCUUCACAAACCUGCAUGCAACAUGGCAGAAGGCUACCGAAUUAGACGCCAAUAGGAAGAUCGAGCGGCUAUUAACGAAGGAAGAAUACUCGAUCUUCAAAUCUGCCCUGCGAGAUCUUAAUUCUUGGUCAGAGUUCUGGAACAACAUUGAUUCGUCCACGACAAGAGCCAUUGCAGUAGCAAAGGUGAAAGCGGAAGUGCAGCUUAGGAUGAUGUCGGUGUACCAUUGUACGUCAUCUGAAGACGAAGAAGUUCUUCCUCCUGCACCAAAAAAAAUAAAAGUAAAAGCAUCGGAG